AUGUCGUUUGCGGAAUCGUUUUGGACCGGCGACUACGAGACAGGAUACCUGGCGCUCUUCGCCGAGCUCAACGAAGGUAUCAGAGAAAACCUGGACUUCGUAGCGCUCUUUACGCGCCGUGCAGAGAUCGAAGCAGUCUACGGAUCCCAAUUGGAAGCUUUCGAGUCGCUGUUCAAAGUAUCCAGCACCAGACAUGCCGACAUAGACUACGUGUCGACCAUCAAAAAUGCCUAUGAAGAAAGUUCGACCAAUUUCGUGCGUCAGGGCGCCUACCAUCUCCAAAUCGCAGGAACCAUCCAAGAAACAGUAAUUGAGCCGUUCAGCAAGUGGAGUGGCGAGCACGAGGAACGUGUAGGAUACUCGGAGCUGGUAAUUCGUGACAAGUACAAGCAAUACGUCGCUGCUCGCGCCGCAUUGGAGAAGUUACAGAAACGGUACUUCAAUAAGUGUAGAGUGGUAGAGGAGUUCAAGUCCCGCUUCAAUGACGAAGAGCUUGCAGAGGCGGUGGAGGAUAGCUCCGUGAGUGAGCUUUCGACACUCCGCAUAGAGGGCGACGAGGAGAGUGAUGGCGGGCAAGUGUAUUCUCUCGGAGACGUAAAGUUCGACAGUAAAAGCAUCAAGCAGUUUUUGACAGACCUCAUUUCCAACGUCGAGUUGACGUCGCACAAGGUGCCGAUCUUGGGUACUUACUACAACGUUUCCACCGGUAGUGCCAUCACUCAAUGGAUGCUCGAUAAUAUGCCCGAGUUACGUGGAAACAUCUCCAAGGCCGAGCUGUGCGGUCAAGGCUUGCUUGCUAAUGGAUUCCUCCGCAGCGUUGGAUAUGUAGGGGGCUCAAAGAACUUCAUCAACCUGUCGCAAUUCUUCUAUCAGUGGAAACCAUGCGUGUUUGAAAUAACCCAGAUUUCGGAGUUCGAUAUCUCCAACGCGGGCAAAAGCACAAACUACGACCCGGUCUUGGCUCUGGCCAACAGAAACGCCCAGAUUUCGAAUUACUUCGAGGACGUUAAACAAGCCAUCGGUGUCAACUCCGUAGACUACUCUGACAAGGCGCAAUACCCUAAGCUCCUCAAAGAGGUGGAAUCGCUCGACUCGCAAUAUUUUGAGAGCGUCCGCAAUUUGGAUGCCAUCCGUUGUGACCUUGAGGAGGUCAUUAUGGACCACUAUUCGUUCAUGCAAAAAUGUGAGUUGGACAGACUUCGUGCGAUUAAAAAGGCCAUGUACGACUUCGUCUCCUCCUUCGCCAGUCAAGUUCCUGCUAUGAAGCAGACCUUCGAGGCCAUUUCGCUCAUAGAGGAGACCAUUCGCCCGGCGCGUGACUUGAAGUUCCUUAUCGAAAAUUAUGCCACAGGUAGUUUCAGACCCCAUGUGCCAUUGUACGACAAUUACUACAAUUCCAACAUUAACCAGACGUUUGGUGUCGAUCUCAGCGUCAGAGCGCGUUUCGACAAAAAGGCUGUUCCAACACUUAUCCAGACAGUGCUCUCAUAUCUUGACUCGAUUUAUCCCGAGCUCAAGAACGACGAGGAGAGAGUCAACCUAUGGAUCCAGCCAGUGCAUUUGUCUAGUGUUCACAAGCUCCGGUCCAAAUUGAACGGGCUCAGCGACCCUGGCCAAAUUCUUGAUCACAUAAAACUGAGCGAACAUGCCACCGUCGUCAACGUGCUCAAGUUGUACUUCCUCGAACUUCCAGACCUGAUCGUGCCCAACAGUUACUUUGAUUUGAUCAAGACAUUGUACCAAAACUACCCUGUGGGAUCCGAAGAUGCAAACACAGAUAAACCUCGUAUCACUGGACUUCAGAAUUCGUUGACAGAUCUUCCGGUCUGCAACUUGGCAACAUUGGAUGCUAUAUUGACGCACUUGAGCCGUUUGGUGCAAAUCAUCAGUUCAAAGAAUGAGGAGCUCAGCACAUCGUUGAAGCAAAGGCUUUGCCGCGAGUUCGGUUCUCUCGUGCUCAGCCCGAAAAAAGAGGACAGCUCACUUAAUGGAAAGAGUGUUCACACAUUCAAGGUCGCGUUGGAACAGCUCGAGCAGAAUUUCAUCUCGGAUUUGUUUGACCACAAGGAGAGCAUUUUUGGUGAAUUAAGGCGCCGGAACUCGUUACGUCCUCAGCGUACCAACUCCGACAAGAGCUUUUCAGAAAGACAGGGAACAAGAGUCAUCUCCGUUGGAAACAAGGAGAUCCAUCACUCUAUUCCUAGAAAAAACACUGCCCAGACGUCACAGACACGCCUAGAAAGCAGGUUGAAGAACGCAGUGAAAUUAGUCUCAGAGAAGAACACCGCUGAGACAGAAGCGGAGGUUGAGCCAACAACGCCGGAAAAGCCACCAGUGCCCGCCAAAUCUGACCCGACGACUCCUCAGACCUCUACGCCUUCGUCAGCUUUGAGACGGUCAGUUUCUCCCAGUAAAAGAAAAGGCCUCAACACCUUUUUGGAUCCACCAGAAAGCCAAGACGCAGAGAAGCCCAAGGCAAAUGACUUUGAGUAA